UGUUUGGACUAGACGGCGCGAGAGUCGAUCUGACCUACUUAAGAAGUUCGUUGCGGUGCGGUUUUUGUCAGGUUGUGCCGUUGGUGUGUGGACGCUGCAGUGUGAAUUCACGUAGGGCUCUCGUCUAAGGUUUCCUUUGCUCAGGCGUCUGUAUACCUUCGAGACACGGUUCGUGUAAGGUAACCCAGCCUUCAUCUCGACGCAUCAGCAAUGGCCCGUACGAAGCAGACCGCCCGUAAGUCCACUGGUGGCAAGGCCCCCCGCAAGCAGCUGGCCACCAAGGCGGCGCGUAAGAGCGCCCCCUCGACGGGCGGUGUCAAGAAGCCCCAUCGCUACAGGCCCGGCACUGUGGCCCUCAGGGAGAUCCGCCGUUACCAGAAAUCUACAGAGUUGCUCAUCCGCAAGUUGCCCUUCCAGCGCCUCGUUCGCGAGAUUGCGCAGGACUUCAAGACUGAUCUCCGCUUCCAGAGCGCAGCCAUCGGAGCUCUCCAGGAAGCCAGUGAGGCGUACCUGGUUGGUCUGUUUGAAGACACCAACCUUUGCGCCAUUCACGCCAAGCGUGUGACCAUCAUGCCCAAGGAUAUCCAGCUGGCCAGACGGAUCCGUGGGGAGCGUGCCUAGAGCUCCUCCGCAAAGGGACACUCCUUCUCUUCUUUUGCCCCGCUCGUCGUCCUUGCUCUACUCUCUCCACGUCAUCGUCAUCGCGUGCCUGUCCUCCUCCGUCUCGUCAUCGGUCUCUGCUCCCUUGUGGCAGCCAUGCGCUCAACCAGCUCCGUUGUCUAGCAGCAAGCAGGGUCCACACGCCAGUGCCACCUGGUGUCGUGUGGAGGAUGUGUUCACAUUGCUGUACGUGCAAGUGGCUGGUGUUCCUGCCAUUGCCACACAUGCGUACACCACUGCGUGCAGCUGCGCACCACCCCCCUCGCAAGCCAGAGGAAGUGCAGUGUGGACCAACGUCCCAGUGUUGUGGCCCUGCUGUGUAUUUAUCCCACUUUUGGUUGCGCCGAGCUGCCCCCACUUUGCAGACAUAUUACGUCCUCUGUACUUUUUUUUUUCUUGAGCUCGAGGUAGAAUUGGCCUGCACUCUGUAAAGUUCUUGGAGUCCAAAGUUUCUACUGCCUUGUCUCUGAGCUCCUUAGGUUUACAUUUCUGUUUUCAUUUCAUAAAUCAUGCCAUCGUGUAGUGUUGCAUUGACUGGUGGAGUGCGGACUGCAGCAGCUUUGCCACGUGCAAAAUGGCCCCAGCCACUGGGCCAGGGACACUGCUGCGUCAGUCGUCUGCUAGACCAGCUUGGGGGCCUGCUUGCAGAGAGGAUCUUGCAAAGCACCUGGCAAGCUGCACACGUGACGGCUGUGAAGGGUGUCUCCGCAAGGAUGCAGCAGUGUCCACAAUUCCUCUGCAAGUGGGCCCCUCUUUGCAAGUGCACAAACGCGUACUUAACAAAAGAAAAUUGGACCUUGCGCAGCUACCUGCUCCAUUUCUCCCUCCACAUUUGGAAUGGCUUAUCGAGGCAUUGACUGGACAAAACGGAGGGGAAUGAUGAUGGCCGAGGCCCUCGUGCUGGUCAUUAAGCGUGAUUCGAAAUGUACCUCUGUGAGGUGGGUGCGUUUUUUCUUUUCCAGCAAGUACAGCCUUUACAAACACUGCUCGGUUUAACAUGAGCUCUUUGUUUGUGAUCGGAAUGGUUUGCACGAGGGCGUCGCAAUCUCAAGUCUGCUCACAUUGCUUCAUUCACAAAGUUUUUGUCUACCACUGCCACGUUCCACCGUGCAAAAUCAGCCUUGUACACUUUUUGGUUUUCACAUGGUUGUAAAUCUUUAUUUUAUUCAGAGACUACUUUCCAGUCUCUUCAGCAUACUUUUUUUUCUUGCUUGCACCCCUUGGAUGGAAGUUGACUGUCAUCUGUGUACAAGCGUGUCAAGAGGGGCUAACUACAGCGGUUCAGCGUUUUUAAUAAGUGUUUGCAUAUCUAUCAGUAUCAUGUCACCGCCAUUACACCUUGCAUGUAGCGAUAGCUUGUCAAGCGACGGGUUGUAGUACGUUUGUCAACUCUGGUCUUCACCGUGAUUGAAACAAAAAGAAAUUGGAAUAAAGUGCAUCACAUUCCAA